AUGUCCUCGAAAUCGUCUCCCGUAUCGCCUAGAACCCAGCUUACCGUUCCGUCGAAUACACACAACCGCGAUUACUCACCACCAAGUCCUACGGACACCAUCGCAAGCGGGUACUCAAGCAUCACAAGAUACACAUCGACCAGCUCCAGCACCUUCCGUCCCGAAUCCUACCCCCUCCCGACACCCUCAACCCAAUUCUGCAUCGCCCUCUACUCCUACAGCGACCCCGACCCCGCCGCGCUCUCCUUCUCCAAAAACGACGUGAUCGAGGUGCUGCAGCAGCACCCGUCGGGGUGGUGGGACGGGCUGGCGGGCGGGGUGUGGAAUGGGUAUGGGAUGGGCGGGCAGGUGCGGAGGGGGUGGGUGCCGUCGAAUUAUGUGCGGUUGUUGGGUGGACGGGAGGAGGCGAGGGCUGUGUUGGCGAGGAGGGGGAAGAUGAGUGGGAAGUUGUAG